UGGGAGGAAGUGGUAACGGUUAAUUAUCACGAUCCAACUGGAUAGUUUGUCUUUCAGUCGUGUGCCCAGUCCAGCGUGUGAGAGGUCUACGAAUUUCUAUGAUCGUUCGUUACGAUUUAUAACAUAACAUUCGUAUUUGUUCACAUUUUUAUAUCGUUCUGGUUCGAUCAAGGUUAUUGUUGUCUGCCGCGUUACUCCGCUUCGGUGCGAGUUGAGUGAUUUAAUUUUUCACCUCAUUCGCUUUUCGUCAUUGAAGUAAUUGUUUGUUUUUAAAUCUGUAUCACCGUGUCGAUUCCUAGCGCACCUGUGUGACUGUUGAAGUUGAAACAACACACCAAGCUUGAUGAAUGGUCAUCUACGAUAUGCUCCAUUCAAAGGAUUACUGGACACUGCCUCUUGUCAGAACGGUGGUUCUUGUAUUCUUAACGCUAUUCCAUGUUCAAAAUAUUUGCUGUGGAAUAACUGAUCAAAUUGAUAAGCAAUUUAAUACUUAUUCGUUUAUUGUACCAAAAAUUGUUCAUGCAAAACAUAAGAGAGAGAUCGAAUCAACCAAAACGAAUCCGAAUGGCUCGGAACACAUACAUGGAAUUACAGUAAAAUUUUUCGAUAAAGGAAAGGAAUAUAUUAUUGAUCUCAGUCUUAAUAAAGAGCUUAUCCCUGUUGGUUAUUUUGAAAAACACCAGAAAAACGGAGCUUAUGUUAUAAAUAAACCAAACUCUGAUGAACUCGAAUUUUGUUAUUAUAAUGGUAAAGUAAAAAAUAUUCCUAAUUCUUGGGCAGCAAUAUCUACCUGUGAUGGAAUAAGAGGAAUGUUUUUCGACGGAAGUUCAUACCAUUAUAUUGAAAAUGUUGAAUGUGACUUAGGUAAUAAGUGUCACAUAUUAUAUAGGCAUGAUGAUCUUAAUACUAAUCAUACCUGCGGAUUUCCUAAUACACCAUCCGAACACAUGCCUAAUAAAAUCAAACACGAAAGAAGAACCAAAAGAUCUCUACAAGGACCAUAUAAUCAAAAUGAAAAAUCUAGAUUUAUUGAAUUAGUUCUUGUUGUUGAUAACGAAGAUUAUAAGUCAUUUAAUAGUGAAUUACCAAAAGUUUAUCAGCAUACUAAAGAUAUUGCAAAUAUAAUAAAUUCUCUGUUCAUAUCAUUGAACAUAUUCGUUACCCUUGUUGGAGUUGUUGUGUGGACCGAACGUGAUUCAAUUUCAAUAGUAGCAAAUGGUGAUACUACAUUGACCAAUUUUCUACAUUAUCGUCGAGAAUACCUUGUUAAGGACCAUCCAAAUGAUAAUGCUCAAUUGCUUACAAAAUUACGAUUUGAUGGAGGUAUUGUCGGUAAAGCAUUAAAAGGACCUAUAUGUACUUAUGAAUUCAGUGGUGGUGUAAACAGUGACCAUAGUUUCGUGAAAGGUGUGGUUGCUACAACUAUAGCUCAUGAAAUAGGCCACAAUUUGGGAAUGGAACACGAUACAAAUGAUUGUGAAUGUCCUGAUGACCGAUGUAUUAUGGCACCUUCUUCAGGACAGUUAAGUCCAAAACAUUGGAGUUCUUGUAGUAUGGAAUAUUUAGCAUUAGCAUUUGAACAUGGAAUGGAUUACUGUUUGAGGAAUAAACCAAAGAGAUUAUUUGGAAGUCCUGUUUGUGGUAAUAAUUUUGUAGAAGAAGGAGAACAGUGUGAUUGUGGUAUAAAAGAACUGUGUAACAAUCCAUGCUGCAAUUCAGAAACAUGUAAAUUAUUUGAAAAUGCUACUUGUGCUACAGGACAAUGUUGUGAUUUAAAAACUUGCAAUCUUAUGCCUGCUGGUUUAGAAUGUAGAUCAGCUCUUCAUGAAUGUGAUUUACCUGAAUAUUGUACAGGAGAAUCAGAGUAUUGUCCUGUUAAUGUGUUUAAAAUUGAUGGAUCCACUUGUGAAAAAAAAAAAGCGUUUUGCUAUGAAGGAUCUUGUCGAACACAUGAAGAUCAAUGUCGUUUAUUGUGGGGUCCUACUGGUGAAUCAUCAUUACAACAAUGUUACAGUUUUAAUAAUCAAGGAACAAUUACGGGUAAUUGUGGCUACAAUCGUUUGAACAAAACCUAUACCAAAUGUAAUGGAGAAAAUUUUCAAUGUGGAAUGUUGCAUUGUGACCACAAAAAUGAACGUUUAGAAUUUGGUAUGGAGAAUGUUUCCACAUUAUCCCAAAAAUUUAUCAAUAACAAUGGAUCAUUGGCUGCUUGUAGAACAGUGAUUGUUGACUUGGGUCUAAAUGAAGUUGAUCCUGGUUUAACUCCAGAUGGUGCAAAAUGUGGUGAAAAUAAGAUGUGUAUAAAUCAAAAAUGUAUAUCAAUAAGUGAUUUAAGAGCUCAAAAUAAAACUUGUCCAUAUGAUUGUCAUGGUCAUGGUAUAUGUAACAGUAUGGGUAAUUGUCAUUGUAAUAUUGGGUAUUCGCCACCAAACUGUGACAAUCCUGGUCCUGGUGGAAGUAUUGAUUCUGGACCAGCAUCCAGUCCUUACAAUAAAGGAUUCAUAACUGGAAUGUACGUUUUAACAAUUGGAUCCAUUCCACUACUGUUGGCGGUUUUGUUAUUCGCAUAUUGUUCAAAAAAUCAUCAUUCAACAACGAACUGGACUAAAUCUAACCGUAAAAUGUUAUCUAAUGAUGCAGAAAUUGGUAACAAAUUUAACGGAACUGUAUCACCUUCAAGUACACUGCUGAUAGAUAAUCAUAAACCUAUGGUACUUCACAAGGAACUUUUAGGCAACCACAAAGGGUUUAGCAUUAAACCAUUGGCAGCUAAAGAACAACCUGUUGCCUCACGGACACCAAUAAGACCGGCUCCUAGUGCGCCUCCUGUGGCUAUUACUAUGUCCAAUGAGAAUGUAACAAGGAGUGAAAGGUUAGAGAUUGGACAACCUGUGUUGGACGCGACCACUUCGUUGGCCGUACACGAGUUGAUGUCUGUGCCAUUGAAACCAGCACCUCCUGUGCCGACUACUGCCAGGCCAGCUAGUACGAUACCGGUCGAUAGUAAGAAUACUGGAUGCGUGAGUGGUGGAGUAGGAGGAUAUCCCACUUUGCGUAGAAUCACAUCGUUCAUGAAAAACCAGAAGCUCGAAGAAAAGAAACCAGCAACUGCGCGAGCCAAUGCCAAGUUCGAUAAAGACGUGCUCAAAAACCUUGAGAUAUCGCAACCGAUCUUGCAGAACGAAAUAAACGUACCGUCCGAACCGUUACCGUUGGAGGCGGACCAGCACAAAGCGGUGGUGCUGAGAGCUCAAAGCUUGCGCACGGCGAAUAACACCAAACACCGACCGUCAGUCCCAAACUUCGGGUCAAUGAGAUCCAAGCGGCCGACCAGCGUGGUUGUGAUUACACCCGCCGCGUCCACGUCCACUUGUUCGAGACCCACUUCACCUCCGCCGCAACCUCCACCGCCGCCGCAAUCCACGUCGAUUCACCAAGGUGGUUACCAAGUACCGCGACAGCAGUCCUCCGAAGCGAUGGAUAGAUCACCGACUCGGCGGCCGAUGGCCGCGGACGACGACGACAAUAAUACGGCGGCUACGCGACACGAAAACAUAUACUCGGUGAUAGACGAGAGUCCGGCCGCAGUGUUACGAGUGGCGGAAGACGAGUGCGCGUACAAAGUGCCCAAGUCACUGGAAAGCUCCUUGCUGGGUGAGAUCGUGUCGGCCAUACAGGAACGCAACCACGAGUCCAUUUAUACGAGCAAACCAGCGACCGUGGACUGGCCGCAGCAGACGUACGAGAACGUCAAGCCUACCCCCACUGCGGUGGCGUACAAGCAAUCGGCGGAAGUCAAGUUACGAACGAUCCCGUAUGGUAGGCCGGACUUGGUGCAGAACUGCGAUGAAAACCGUUCGAUGAACUGUUCGCCGGAUGUGUUGGAUGCCAAGCAGCCGGCCGCGGUCAACGUUUCCUUCUCGAAACCGGUCGUACCUACCAAGCCUACCGUGACCACGGCCACGGUGGGCCUGAAGAAGAAACUUUCGGACAGUCGACCCCCAUCCAAAGCCGUAGCUGACGUGCAUAAGAGAUAUCUAAACGGCGGCGGUGGACUGAAAAAAAAUCCACUGGUAGCGCCCAAACCAAGCGUAACCAGCAACAGGUAGUAUAGCGACGGACUGCCGCAAUGCUAUACUAUCCUGCCGGUCUGUCUACUCAAUACGCACUCGUGUGCCCGUCAACGUUAAAUGGACGUUUCUAUAUUUUGUUGGUUUGUUUCCGUUAGUACAUUGUUCUUAUAAUUUUUUAUUUUUUUACUAUUCAUUCGGUGAUAACUUUUGUCUCGAACAAACAAAUUUAUAUAUAUAUACUUUGUAUUUUAUACGUAUGUUGCUAGUUUGUGUGUGUGUGUUUUACUCACAUGAUGGUGCUUUUAUUUUAAAUUCCGGAGUUUAUUGCCCUGUGUAAAUAUUUCGGUGUACAUAAAAUUUGUGUUAUAUAAACACGUUUUAUUUCCUUAAACAGAAUGACUUUUUUUGACAAAAAAAAAAACUUAAUGUGAUAAACUUUACUCAAAAUUAAAUUUAUUUGUGUUCAAAAAGUAUUAGUUCCUUACAGAAAAAUAUUAGACAUUUUUACUUUGCUAACUAGUAUUAUAACUGUUUUUGUUAGUAUAAUAUUAUAUUGUAUAUGUUUUCAUUUAAUUUGGGGACCAA